UCAGCCUCCUCAGAAGCUGUCUCCGAGCUGAACUCCUGGAGGAAGAGGGGGCAGAGGAGGAACAUAUGGACUGUCAAUCUUGUCGAGGGCACAAAACUCAGGAUGAACAGGAGGAGAAGACCCAGUUACCGCCCUGAGGACCAAGAAGCCUUCUACCGACUUCUGGAGGAUCCUGCUAUUCAGAGCUUCCUGGAAGCUGACAUUUUCCUCAAAGUGUCUGACAAGUACCUGCUGUCCAUGGUGGUGGAGUACUUCGGCCGCGUCGGGCUGCCUGGACACCUCUACAACAGGAUCCACUUCUUCCUGGCCCUCUAUAUCGCCUCAGACAUGGAGGAGGACAACCCCAUGUCCAAGCGGAGCAUCUUCCAGUUCCUGCUGGGCAAGGAGCACUGGCCAGACCUCUACAAGGACUUCCUGAAGCUGAAGGUGGAGUUCUUCCAUGCCAUGGGGCACCAAGCCUGGGUCACCCUGGAGUUGUGUGAGGAGAUCCAGGCCCAGAACCCCCACCACUGGGUCUGGAGUCGGGUGCGCCAGUGCGCCCCCUAG